AUGCUGCUGUCUGCUGCUUUUCUUUUCUUGCUGGCAACAGCAGUCGGCGCAACACCCCGAUAUCUAACACCCAAAACUAAAGAAUUCGCGGUGAACGGCAAGGCCAUACCUGAAGUCGACUUUGACAUUGGCGAGUCGUACGCAGGGUAUCUCGACAACACGCCUUCCGGCAACUCAAGUCUGUACUUUUGGUUCUUUCCGACCACGAACCCUGCUGCUGAUGACGAGGUACCGCGGCUUAUUCAAAUUGGUCGCUCCGAAAUAGGACCCUUCCUCUGGCAGCCUGGGACAUAUAAACCAACCCGCAACUAUUACUCGUGGACAAAUCUCACCAACAUCGUCUUUGUCGACCAGCCUGGUGGAACUGGGCUAUCUCUUGGCCCGUCUACUGUCCGUAAUGACGAGGACGUUGCAAGCCAGUUCAUGGUCUUUUGGAAACACUUUAUAGAGACGUUUGAUCUGAAGGGAAGAAAGGUGUAUCUCGCUGGCGAGAGCUACGCCGGGAUGUAUAUCCCGUACAUUGCGUCUGCAAUGCUUGACGAGGAGGACGAAACGUACUACAAUGUAGCCGGGAUCCAUCUCAUCGACCCGGUUAUUAACGAGUUUGUGGUGACACAAGACGUUCCCGCAGUGUCGAUGUUGAAUCAAUACGAGGCAUUGCUAGCUCUGAACAGAACGUUCAUGGAAGAGAUCAACAAACGCGCCGACGAGUGUGGCUACUCCGAGUUCAUGAACACUGCGCUCCAGUAUCCGCCGAUGGGCCAACUCCCCCCAGUCCCUGCAAGCGACAGACCCGGGUGCGACAUCUGGAAUGCAACCUACAAAGCCGCAAAACUGGUUAAUCCCUGUUUCAACCCGUACCACAUCAGAGACUACUGUCCAUAUACCUGGAACCAAGUGGGCUUUCCAGCAAGCUCGGAAGGCCCGCACAACUACUUCAACCGGAGUGAUGUCCAGAAGGCAAUCAACGCAUAUCCAAUCUACUAUAGCACUUGUAAAGCGAAUGGUGUCUCCAAGGUUUACGGGCCAGAUGGUGACACUUCCGCACCGAGCAGCUUUGGGGUCCUCGCCAGUGUCAUCGAACGCACGAAUAACACGAUCAUCUCCCACGGUGGGCUGGACUUUACCAUUCCAGCGGAUGCAACUCUUAUAAGCAUCCAGAAUAUGACGUGGAACGGGGCGCAGGGGUUCCAGAGUCCACCUAUCGAGCCGCUGUUCGUUCCUUAUUUUCCUCAUUACUCGUCUGGGGUUGAUGAGAUGGUCCCGCCUUUUCCUCCUGUUCUUAGGACUUCUGGUGCUGGGUAUCUGGGAACUACACAUACCGAACGGGGGUUGACGUUUAAUUUGGUCCAUCUUGCCGGACACCAACUACCAAUGUAUGCCCCUGGAGCGGCAUAUCGUCAGCUGGAGCUGCUUCUCGGUCGUAUAUCUAACCUGUCUGAAGAAGUGGAGAGCUUUACUUCUGGGGGGGUUGAUUAA